AUGACUGAGACUGCGCAGUAUAAAGAGGAGCCAGCCUGUAUCUUGUUGGAGAAAAGAUCAGUGAGGAAGGGUCCCAUCACAUUCUAUAAUGUUGCUGGCUCCUUUAGCGAGGAUCAGUGGAUGCGCAUGGAAAACCGUCAGAAAGAUGUUUACAGAAAUGUGAUGAAAGAGAUUCAUGGAGCAUUAAUAACACUCGGUUAUUCAAUUUUGGAUCCAAGCAUUAUUUUCAGCAUUAAAAGGCAGGAUGAAUCGUAUGUCCUUAUUGACAGUUUCUCCAUGGAAAAGGCAAGCGCCGUAGUUGGAGACUUUCCUGAUAUUUUAGUGAAGAUAAAGGAAGAACACAUUGGAGAGACCCCAGUAAGUCAGGAAGAACAUUGUGUCAUAGACAAUCAACCUUCUACGUGUUCUCGUCCAACUAUAAAGAUCAAGCUGGAGAAAACAUAUGAACCCGUCGGCUCAGGAGCUCAAACUAAAUUUGCAGACCCUCCACCCGAAACAUCUAAUGUAGUUUUUAUUAAAAAAGAGGAGGAGGUGUUUUCAAUAAAUGAUUAUAACAGUGCAGGAGGGGAGGAUACUCCCAGGAACAGCGCAGGGGUUCCUGGUGUGAAGCAAGAACCUGAUGAUAGUGAUGACGAGAAAACGGACAAUGAGGACCUUGAAAAUAUAAAUGGACGAAAUGUUGGAGGCAAACAUAAAACCGGAAAGACUGAACCACUGUCAGUAGAUACAAAGAAGAGACGAAUUGGUCCUCAAGUCCGUGGGGAUAUCCUGAGCUUGGAAGAAAGAGAAGCAAGGCGUCUCAGAGUCCUGGGAGGCAACGUAAAACCAUUCCAACAGCAACCCAACUUUACAUUUGAGCCUUUAAGAACUGCUUCAGAUAUAAAAGUAGAAAAUGCGGAUGUGCCUAGGAUAAAGAAGGAUACUGAGAGCGCAGACUGGUGUAAAUGUGGUCGCUGUUUUCAUAUGUCCACAGAGGAGGAGCCUGUAUGCUGCCAUGAGAUUUCUGGGAUGGUCUACCCACUGAAUGAUGACUGUAUCACCCUGCACCCGGCCUUCCAGGAUCUGUGUCUGAACCAGGAUCGCCUGGACUUCCUGUACCGCUUUCUGGGUCGGAUUAAGAGAAGAAAUGACGCUACAUACUAUCUCCACAAGCUGCGCCGCAUGUCAUACAGAGCGUUUGUAGUGUGGGCUCACGGUUUUCUGGACAAGCAUAGCUGCAAGCCUGUCCCAGCAUGCGUGGUCAAAGUUGUACAAGAACAUCUACCCUACCCAGAAGAACUGAAUGUCGGUUAUAUGGAGAUAUACGAUUACCCAGCAGCCAUCAUGGCUUUGGAUCAUAUUUAAUGCAUUUGUUGUAGUUUUAUCACUGUCAGGUGUAU